UUUACUCUUCUGUCUCUCUUUCUCUACCUUAUUAAAACCCUACCUCACCAAAGCACUCCAUCACCUCACUCAUAUACUUAGUUCUGUUCUCAACUUCUGCUAUUUUUUCUAUCCCUAAUUUUUCUCUCUUCUCCAGUUAUGGGCAAGGUCAAGAUCGGAAUCAACGGAUUUGGAAGAAUUGGCCGUUUGGUGGCCAGGGUGGCUCUUCAGAGAGACGAUGUGGAACUCGUUGCUGUUAACGAUCCCUUCAUCACCACCGAUUACAUGACAUACAUGUUUAAAUACGACAGUGUUCACGGACACUGGAAGCAUCACGACGUCACCGUUAAGGACUCCAGUACCCUUCUCUUCGGUGAGAAGCCAGUCGCUGUUUUUGGACACAGGAACCCUGAGGAGAUCCCAUGGGGUGAGACUGGAGCCGAUAUCAUUGUUGAAUCUACUGGAGUUUUCACCGAUAAGGACAAGGCCGCCGCCCAUUUAAAGGGUGGUGCUAAGAAGGUUAUUAUUUCUGCCCCCAGUAAGGAUGCUCCCAUGUUUGUUGUUGGUGUUAACGAGCACGAGUACAAGCCAGAGCUCGAUAUCAUUUCCAAUGCCAGCUGCACGACCAACUGCCUUGCUCCUCUCGCCAAGGUUAUUAAUGACAGAUUUGGCAUUGUUGAGGGUUUGAUGACCACAGUUCAUUCCAUCACCGCUACCCAGAAGACUGUUGAUGGACCAUCAGCCAAAGACUGGAGAGGUGGAAGAGCUGCUUCAUUUAACAUCAUUCCUAGCAGCACUGGAGCUGCCAAGGCUGUUGGGAAAGUCCUUCCUUCUUUGAAUGGAAAAUUGACUGGAAUGGCAUUCCGUGUUCCCACCGUGGAUGUUUCCGUUGUUGACCUCACAGUGAGGCUGGAGAAGAGUGCUAGCUAUGACGAAAUUAAAAAUGCUAUCAAGGAGGAAUCCGAGGGCAAGUUGAAGGGAAUUCUUGGUUACACCGAAGAUGAUGUGGUCUCCACCGACUUUGUGGGUGACAGCAGAUCAAGUAUUUUUGAUGCAAAGGCUGGAAUUGCAUUGAACAAAAAUUUUGUGAAGCUCGUCUCGUGGUACGACAAUGAGUGGGGAUACAGCUCACGUGUGAUUGACCUGCUUGUUCACGUUGCCAAGAUCUCUCUUUAAACUUGGACGGCACAGUAGUACUUUGUUUUUACGAUUUUCUGCGUCCAGUAAUGUCUUUCUGGAGCAAAAGUGAGAGGUCUGAAUAAAUAAUCGGAUUGUUGAUGCAGUGGUAUUUAUGUACCCUGUGAGGAGGAGCAUGAGCUCUUUUUGGGCAUUUGGUAUUGUCUUAUGAAGGGAUGUAGUUUUUGGAUUUCUAGAUAAUUGCGAAUGUACUUUGGCUUUUUAUGUACUUGCUGAUGUAGUUGUCUCUAUUGAUUGCUAUAUUGGAUGUUUGACCCUCCA